UUGGAAUGCAAUAUUCGGAAUAUGCAUGCUCCUCCAUCACCGUUAGUAGAGAACUACCUGUAGGAAGUGGGAUUUUGGCACGUGGCGACGGUAGGCCGGGGAUGCAAGUUGGAGCCGAAACUGAUCAGUGCGUUGAUCGAGAGGUGGAGACCCGAGACGCACACAUUUCAUCUUCCAUGUGGAGAGUGCACUAUCACUCUAGAAGAUAUCCAUCUGCAUUUGGGAUUGCCGGUGGACGGGCACCCAGUGACCGGGUCUGCCCAAUCUAGCAAUUGGAAGGCGGUGUGCUACGAGCUUCUGGGCGUUGUUCCGGAUAAAAUGGAUGGAGGUAAGGUGGAGAUGGGCUGGUUACGUGCCACCUUCCCCGAUCUGAAUGAAAAUUCAACCGAAAUUGAAAGAAUCCGAUAUGCUCGAUCAUACAUUCUUCAAAUAAUUGGAGGCUAUCUGAUGGCCGACACGUCACGGAGCCGUGUACAUCUAAGGUGGUUGUUAAAACUCGUUGAUUUUAGAGCAGCCGGUGAAUUUAGUUGGGGGUCUGCCGUCUUGGCAACAUUAUAUCGGGAGAUGUGCGGGGCGACCAAACCGAGGAGAGCAAAAAUCGGAGGUUGCCUGUCACUACUGCAAUCAUGGGACAGUUUCGCUUUCCAUUUCUACGUCCUCGAGUGAACCACCCAUAUACAUUCCCACUCGUAAUGAGGUGGAACCAUCCGACGAGUUAUCGUGGAUUACCGUCUGAACUUGAAGAUAUACGGCUUCUAUUGGAGCAACGGUCGGAAGCAGAAUUUCAAUGGACACCAUACGAGGAUCCGGUAAUCCGGGCAGUAAUCUCGGAAGAGUUUCUGCAAAAUCCGAACGCUUGGCACGUGAAAGUGGUGUUGAUCAACUAUGCAACCGUGGAGCCCCACCAGACAGACAGAGUCCUACGACAGUUUGGAUGUAGACAACCGAUCCCUACGGACCCUGAGGUGUUUGACGAGCACCACAAAAUCGACCUUCGGCUAUUAGGUACGGAUUGGCCUAGAUACUGGUCAGAGUACACGGAAAUGUAGGAAAAUCGACAUGAAUAUCUACCUACUCGGGAACAAAUCAUCGUUCCCGAGUUAGCGUGCGUUCCAGAAUACAUGCCAUGGUUUAGGAUCCAUGGAAAGUCGUAUUUACUUACGCUAGAGGAGAGGCAGCGGCAAAUACGUGUCGGAAGGGAACGGCGCGGGCCUCUAAAUCCAAGGGGACAAGACUACUAGGGCAGCCCCUCAACGAGGCCCAGACAUUCACCCGGCUCAUCAUCAGCGGCCAUGCAAUCACCGUCCCCAACGAGAGCACCGACGCAGUCACCUGACGCAGCAAUUCAACAGAUGAUACCCACGCAAUCGCCUUUCCCUAUGAUGCCAGGUAUGUUUCCUAGCCCUUAUAUGUACCCUAACCCGUACAUGUAUCCUUUUCCGAAUCCUAUGGCAGGUUGGAGCCAAAUGCCCGGAUCAGCCCCAUUUCCUGUAAUGCCGAGCGGACCACCGAUAACUAGGCCAGCGGCGCAGGAGGGGUCGCAAUGGGGCUGUCGGGGAGCUCUCCUUUUUACCAAUCGCCAGCAACGCAUGGAUUUCAAACUCCGUCGCCGUUCAUGAUGCAAACACCUCCACAUACACUAUUCUUUGAAGGUGGAUCAUCGUCCCAAGUCCGACAAGCAGAUGCCGAACCGGAAGAACAACAAUCACCACCGGAGGAAGAACAACCGCCGCCGUAAGCUAGAGGAAAGAGGAAUCCAGCGCGUAACCGUCGACGGCCGCCAUGUGGAACCGAAUCCCCCGGUCAUAGAGAUUG